AUGUUCAACAGAGCGUCUAUCAUGACCAUUCCAGAUACAAUGAAGGGUACAACACAAAAUGAAACUAUUGGAGAAAAGAAGGAGUAUCUUCACUUGAAGGAAAAUACCAACAACCCAACAUCGAUCCAUGGAAAGAGCAUUCCAUACGAAAUUUUAAGAAUUGUUGGACAAGGAACAUUUGGAAAGGUUUAUGAAGCCAAAAACAUUGAAAACAAAAGAGUGGCAAUCAAAAAGGUGGAAAAAUCAACUCAUUUCAUCUCGAGAGAAUAUGAUAUCCUUAGAAUUAUCAAUCACCCCAAUUGUUUGAAGAUUUUAGAUAUGUACUUCACCUCUGAAGACAACAAAAGAAUGCAAAAUUUGGUAUUUGAUUUUAUUCCUUAUACAUUGGCUACCCUAUUGAAAAAGAAAUACCUUUCAAUCAAUUUUGUUAAAGUUCUAUUCUAUCAAUUAUGUCUGGCCAUUAAACAUAUCCAUUCCAAAAAUAUUUGUCACAGAGACAUCACUCCAAACAAUAUCCUUUUGAACAUCAAGGGUGAAUUGGUACUCGCUGAUUUUGGUAGUGCCAAAAUACUUGAAGCAAAUCAUACCAGUAUGUCUUAUAUUUGUUCUCGUUACUACAGAGCUCCUGAAUUAUUGGUUGGUUGUGCAAAUUAUACAACAAAAAUUGAUAUUUGGUCAAUUGGUUGUAUUUUGGCCGAAAUGUUACUUGGAAAACCAAUUUUCCCAGGUACAAAUUCAAUGGAUCAAUUGAUUCGUAUUUCCGAAAUCUUGGGUAAUCCAUCACAAGAAGAUUGGGAGGCAAUGAGACCAAACAAGGCUCAAAUGCCACCAGGAACUCCCAAUAGAAAAUUAGAUGAAACUUUCUCUAGAAUCGAAGACAAGGAAGUUAUUGAUUUAUUAUCAAAAAUAUUUUUAUUUGAUCCAACAAAGAGAGCAUCUAUUGAUGAUAUUUUAGCUCAUCCAUUCUUGCAUGGUGUCAAUUUGGCCAAUUUGGAACAAUUUGAUGAAAUGAAAUGUUUCACAAAGGCUCCAACUUCGUCAACAUCUACUUCAUCGUCAUCCACUGCAUCAAACAACACUGGGAACCUUGCCAAUAGUACUGCCCCAUCUUCAUCGAGCAGCACCGCAUCGGCUCACACCAACAAGGAAAACAUGCUCUCGAGAAUGUCAAGUGUUGUCACUAGUAGCACAAACUUGACAAAUAACAUCAGUCUAAACACAAGUUCUAGCGGAACCAACAAAUCAAAUACUAAUUUAUCAACCAGUAACAACGCUGUUAUUGGACAACCACCCCUUACCAUCAACACUACAUAA